AUGACGAGUAACGACAUUGUAGGCAGCGAUUUUGUCGACAUCUCUGAUUCACUGUUUUGGAUUCGGGAUGAGCCGCUACAAAUCUCGAACUCAGAAGACGCAAAGACAUCCGAGCCUGGCAAACGAGACGAGGAAACACGACAACUCUCAGAGGCAAUCGAAGAGUGCCAGCAGAAGCUCGCUAGGAUGGCCGAGAAGAAAAGGCUCUUGACAGAAAUCAAAGACCUGGACACUGAGAAGGCAGCGAUCGAGAAGGAGCUACCUGAGCUUGAGAAACAGUGGGAGCAGCUUGGCUCAAAGGUAGGCGAUUACCACGCGAUGAUUGGCACGGUCAGGAAGGACGAAACAACAGCUGCCGAAUCCCGCUAUAGGCACGAUCAAGAAAGAGAAAGACUUCUGCUAGAAAGUGAAAGACUUCAGCGAGAGAGCGAAGCAUGUCGCCGAGAAAGCGAGACAUACCGGGAAGAGACUGAGAGACUCAGUUCGGUAGGCGACGAGUGCAAGCAAAAGACGAAUGUGCUCCGAUCAGAGAAAAAGCAGGUAGAGAUCCAACGCGACCGGGUUCUGUUGAAACACGGCGAGCUCAUAGACAAACGCGAUGGAAUUCAGGAUCGGCGAGUCAUUGCAAAGAAGAAACUCGACGAGCUGAACAAUGACAGCGCCUGA